CUGCCUGGCAGUCAACGUAAUUAAUACUUCUGGACACAAAGUCUAAGCAAAGGCUGCGCCAACGAUGGGGAAUUGCUGCUCCGACGUGGCCGGCGGGCAGGCGGCCGUCGGCGGCACCGGGACUUUCCAAAACAAUCCGGCUGAUGCUGCGAGCGACGCCGUCGAUGCCUUCCUCAAGUCUCGCCGCUACCACGGUCUCUACUCUCAGAUCGAGUUAUCUCUAUCUGCCUCAAAUUUGCGGGAUCGUGAUGUGCUUUCCAAGAGUGAUCCAAUGGCAAUUGUUUAUUCUAAAGGAAGGGAUGGCGUGCUUAAUGAGCUGGGCCGAACGGAAGUGGUUUUGAAUUCAGUUAAUCCAAAAUGGAUUGCAAAAUUUAACAUCACCUAUCAAUUUGAGACGGUGCAGUAUUUGGUGUUUCAUGUGUAUGAUGUUGACACACAGUUUCAUAAUCAAGAUUUGAAGAUGCUUAGAUUGGAUGAGCAAGAUUUUCUUGGUGAGGCUAGCUGCACACUGUCAGAGAUUGUCACAAAAUCAAACAGGUGCUUGACAUUAGACCUUUUACAUAGAUCUUCUGGUCCAACGCAUAGCCAAAAGCUUGGCAAGCUCACUGUAUGUGCAGAAGAAAGUGUCGCCUCAAAGACUACAAUAGAGUUUAUAUUUCGAUGUUCAGACUUGGAAUCCAAGGAUUUGUUCUCAAAAAGCGACCCCUUUUUGCUGAUAUCCAAGACGGCGGAAAGUGGAAAUGUUAUUCCCAUUUGCAAAACAGAAGUUUUGAAAAAUGACCAUAAUCCAAUUUGGAAGCCUGUUUAUUUGAGUAUUCAACAAGUUGGAAGUAAGGACAGCCAAUUGACUAUUGAGUGUUACAACUUCAAUAGCAAUGGAAAACAUGACUUACUUGGAAAGGUUCAGAAAUCACUUGCAGAUUUAGAAAAAUUACAUGCUUCUGGGGCUGGGGUAAAUUUCUUUGUACCAACUUCUAUUGGACCUACUCCUCAAACUAAGGUCUUAAAGAGUCAACUGUAUGUUGAAAAGUUUACUGAGAAAAUCCAGCAUACAUUCCUUGAUUACUUGGCAUCAGGUUAUGAACUUAACUUCAUGGUGGCUGUUGACUUUACUGCUUCAAAUGGAAAUCCACGCCUACCUGAUUCAUUGCAUUAUAAUGAUCCUUCAGGACGCCCAAAUGCAUACCAAAGAGCAAUCACAGAGGUUGGAGGGGUAUUGCAAUUUUAUGAUUCAGACAAACGCUUUCCAGCAUGGGGGUUUGGAGCAAGGCCAAUUGAUGGUCCAGUUUCACAUUGCUUUAACUUGAAUGGAAGCAACAGUUACUGUGAGGUCGAAGGAAUCCAGGGAAUUAUGAUGGCAUAUAUGAGUGCCCUUUUUAAUGUGUCACUUGCAGGACCAACUUUAUUUGGGCCAGUAAUAAAUGAGGCAGCACAAAUAGCAGGCCGAUCUGCAGCAAUAAAAGAGCGGAAAUAUUUUGUGUUGUUAAUAAUAACGGAUGGAGUGAUCACAGAUCUUGAAGAAACUAAGGAUGCCAUUAUUAGGGCAUCAGAUCUUCCAUUGUCAAUUCUUAUUGUAGGGGUGGGAGGAGCUGACUUCAAGGAAAUGGAGAUUUUAGAUGCUGAUAAAGGGGAUAGACUCGAAAAUUCUCAGGGCAAGGUCGCAUCCCGUGAUAUAGUCCAAUUUGUCCCAUUACGGGAAGUGCAAAGUGGAGAGAUAUCUGUUGUUCAAUCGCUUUUAGCAGAACUGCCUUCUCAAUUUUUGGGAUAUUGGCGUGCUCAUCCAACUGUAUAAUCAGACUAUGCAGUGUACAUACAGAAAUAUUGAAAAUGAUUGCUAUUUCAAUGCUGGCCUGCAACUAGAAUCGCCCAAUAUUUGCUUCCAUUAAACCAAUCCUUUUGAAACUUUCCAGGAAUAGUGUGCACAUGCAUGUUCGAUUUUGUUCAUAAUUUUACAUGGUGAUCUAAGUGAACAGAUGGAGUUCCUCCCACGAAAUUAUAUAUCCGGAGACCAACUCAUCAACCACGAAUUGAAGAGCUUCAAGACUAUUGUUCAUAAUUACAUUGUUGGUUCAUGCCUUUAAUGUUGUCCAUCACAGUGAUAAAAAUACAAUUUAUAUUAUUAUUAGGAUGGAUUCAUAGACUACCAAUUUAUUGUUAUUUAGACACAGCUAGCUACCUGAUGAUGAUGUUAUUUUCGAUCUGCUUUACCAGUCUAUAUUACUGGCUGCAUUUACUUUA